AUGCGCCAAUUCAACGUGGUCCUGCUAGGAGCUGGCGGUGUCGGCAAAUCAGCUCUGACAGUUCGUUUCGUGAAGGACCAAUUCCUCGACCAUUAUGACCCAACGAUAGAAGAAGAGUAUAGAAGGACGAUAACGGUGGAUAACGAGCUGACCUCGCUUGAGGUCCUCGAUACGGCUGGUGCUGAGCAGUUUACAUCCCUCAAUGAAGUGUACAUAAAGGCGGGGCGUGGAUUCAUCCUUGUAUUCAGUCUCACUCAGGAGGCAAGUCUCAAGGAAGUCGAAAAUAUUCGGCAACAAAUAUACCAAAUCAAAGGCGGCGGUACAAAUGUACCAAUAGUCGUCGUCGGGACCAAACUCGAUCUCCAAAGCGAGCGCGAAGUCCAGCAUGCGACCAUUCAAUCCCUUGCCAGCAGAUGGAAUCUCCCCUUCUACGAAACCUCCGCCAAACGGAAUUGGCACGUCAAUGAUGUGUUUGAGGAUAUUGUUCGACAGAUGCGCGAACGAUACCCUCCAGAGAACGUCAAUAGGAAGAAGAAGAAAGGGCCAUGUAUCAUCAUGUAA